CAUGGCCGGGACAUCUUUAAAAAGGAAUUAUCUGGACUCAAGAGGAUCAUAGCACCUUCCCCCUCCUGCAGCCUCUUUCUCACCUGGUAGAGAAAUCUCAGAAGGUUCACAAGAUGUGUGAUGCCUUUGUGGGAACCUGGAAACUGGUCUCCAGUGAAAACUUCGAUGAUUACAUGAAAGAAGUGGGAGUGGGCUUUGCCACCAGAAAGGUGGCCGGCAUGGCCAAACCCAACAUGAUCAUCAGUGUGAACGGAGAUGUGAUCACCAUCCGAUCAGAGAGCACAUUCAAAAACACUGAGAUUUCCUUCAAACUGGACCAGGAAUUUGAGGAAAUCACCGCAGAUGACAGGAAAGUGAAGAGCGUCAUAACCCUAGAUGGCGGGGCCCUGGUACAGGUGCAGAAGUGGGAUGGGAAGUCUACCACCAUAAAGAGAAAGCGAGAGGGUGACAAGCUGGUGGUGGAAUGUGUCAUGAAAGGUGUCACCUCUACCAGAACUUAUGAAAGGGCAUGAGCCAAGGGAAGUGGCCCUGGACUGAAAUUUGCAUCGAACUCUACAAUACUCAAUUGGAUGUAUUGUUUUUAAAAAGAUAUGAUUUUCCACUAAUUAGCAAACAAACUAUUUUUUCCUGAAGCUGGAUGUUAUUGAAUAUGGUUGUGUUGGUUAAAUAAAACCUUUUUAGAUUUA